AUGAAAAGGGAAAGGAAGAUGAAGAGAUUUGAUGUCCAAAACAAGGGAGGUCGUGGAGGAAAAAAACGCAAGUUUCAUUCCGUUACUCAUUCUCUUCGAUUCUCUGAUCUGCACUUUCGAUCUGUUCGCUCACGCCUGAUCCGUCUCUGCAUCUCCGUAAGCUAA